UCUACUGGUAAGUUGCAAGAUUUUCCUUCCAAACAUUUAAAAUGUGUGGAAGACCCACUUGCUGUUUCCGGAUUUUAAGCAUGUUGCUCUCUACAUCAUCGUCAGAAGAAGUAGUUGCAUCCACAUCAAGUGCAGGAACUAUUUAAUUAGGUCGUUUAAAACAGAAUCAGUUUCCCUUUGUAGCAAACAACGAUGCGGGGUUUUGUUUUGUCCGGGUGUAGGAGUGGGGAGGUGGGGGCUGUGAGUGAACGCCCCUUCUUUGACACAAAGAGCAGGAUGCAAAACAAAGCCUGGAAGCUUCAUAUUCUUUCUGCAGCCAAAAAUCCCUUGUCUCCCGUCUGAAUCCAGGAAGAUGAUCUCAUUUUCUUUGAGUAAACAGCGCCUUUGUGUGAGCAGCUGAUCCUGAGAGGUUUUGAUAGCGUAAAAUCCACUUUUACUGAGGAAAAAGUGUCAUGGACGGGAGUUUAAGCAGAGCCGACUAUCGGGUUGGUGCCGCCGUGUUCGCCGCAGAGGGUCUGCCGCCGCUGCCUAAGAGCCUGAGCGGGAUCCUGAACUCCAGCGGCGGGUCGUGGAGGGACAUGCAGAAGAUGCACAGCAAGAGGAGCCGCAUCCAAGCCGAGAUCAGCUGCAGAGGAGGCAGAGAGGCGGCUGCUGCCAAGCCCGGUGGACUGGGCGCUGCGCUGGCGCUGCUGCGCAAAGAGAUGGUGGGUCUACGUCAGCUCGACAUGUCUCUGCUCUGCCAGCUGUGGUCUCUCCAUGAGGCCAUCCAGGAAUGCAAGGGCGAAGCCUCCAUCACCCCUGAUAACGGAUACUCUGAGGAUGAAGAGGAGGAGGAGGAAGAGGUUGAGGAUGAUGAAGAAGAAUGAGGAUAAAGCACAAAAUUCUUCUCAGCCUGCUCUCAGAAAUUCCUUUCAUUUUCACUAGUAAAUAUGAACACAUGGACCAAUCGUGAAAAGAGACCCUGUUUUUAAUUUAUGUUUUAAUUUAUCUCAUGUUGUACCUGUUUAUCCGGCACAUUUUGCUCAGUAAGAAAACAUUCGAUGCUUGUUUUGUAGAAAAGCAGUUAACUAAAAAAUGUUUUAUGAGAUCGCUGUUAUGCUUAUGUUAACUUUAAGCACAUUAAUGUGGCUUUUAUUAUUUUCUUAAAGGUUAGUUUUGUUUGCCCAUCACACAUCAUUCAUAUCAUACAUAUAUAAUAUGAAUGAUCAUAUCAUCAUUCAUAUCAAACAUAUAACCUUAUGGGCUUGAGAAAGAAUUUAAGUACACCUUUAUUUGAACUUUUAUGCCUGAUUUAAUAAAUUAUUAUUUUUCAUCA